CAGUUACGCUCGUAUACGUGUUUCUAGACGGAUGCAUUUCCAUGCGGGACACAGAUGGGCGAAAAGCCCUUAAUAUUUGUUUUGAGAAUAUGUCAGGACUUUCAGAAACGGAGCGUGUUGGCUUUAAAAAGAUAUUGGGCUCAAUGACAGAAGGCGAUAUAAGGUCUCUCUGUGACACGGUUACAAACAAGAUGAUUGUUGUGGAGAACGUCGCAGAGGCAAUUGAAACGAUUCUGAGCUUCUCCAAAAACGCCGAGGAGCUCCUUAGAAGGCGGAAGGUUCACCGUGACCUCAUAUUUAAAUACCUGGCCAAAGAAGGGGUGACAAUGCCCCCAGCCAGCGAGAAACACCAGCUGGUGAAGAGGACCCUGGAGCUCUGGUCAUCGGUGACGGUGGACGAAGCCAAGCAGCAACAGCCCACAGCAUCUGAUUCCAAUGACAUAAGAACCACGGCUGGCUUCGAUCCGCUGGUCCUGGGACAGCAGUUCUGCCAGUGGUUCUUUCAGAUACUGAACAGUCAGAACCCCUCACUGGGCCAACAGCCUCAAGAAUGGGGGCCGCAGCAUUUCUGGCCAGAUGUGAGAUUACGCCUUCUCUCCAGAGCUACGACGGAGCAGAUGGAGGAGUUCCUGGGGGCUGAACUGGUCAGCCUCCGUCUCUUGGCCUUGACCAGCGGAGAGCGCCUCCUCUUCAGUCCCAACCUGGAUCCUCAUGGCCUCAGGGCCCUGGCCUCGCCCCAUGGCCUAGUGCUGGUGGGUGUGGCCGGGACCAUCCACAGAGAACAGACCUGUCUUGGCAUCUUCGAGCAAAUCUUCGGCCUCAUUCGCUCCCCCCUGAAUGAAAACAGUUGGAAGAUAAAGUUUGUCAACCUGAAGAUCAAGGGGCAGGAUGCCAUCGGAGGGACAGAGGUAGCAGCGCCUGCUUUGAGCUACAACUCCAGUGAACUGCAGCUUCUUUGCAGCUGAUGACAGCCAAGAUACAGCUGGUUAUCUUUUACACUAUUUUAUUUACGCCUAAACACUUCACAAAGACAGUUCAGAUCAGAAGCUGCAUUGGGACAGUGUUUCAGUUUAGGCAAACCUUUGCCCUGUUCAUGAAAAUUGAUGCAUGGCUAUUUUGUUUUAUACCUUUUGAAUAUCUUUAUAUUUUUAUUUUACAAAUGCAGCUGUUUGGUUGCUCCUCUCUUAGAAAGUUUUACUAAAUAAAAUGUUGCGUUGCUGCAAAGUAUGUUGUUCUUUGACAGCUUGUGCCUUAUCUAAUAUAUUCGGUGGAUGCAGUCCUGAAUGCAUUUGUAAAUAUGUGUUAUAUAGAGUUGACUUGUGUCUGUUUAUACAGUAAUUACAAGUAGAUCUUGGAAAUCGGGUUGGUAUUUUGUCUCUAAGGCCAUAAAAUGCUGGAUAAAACUGGUUUUAAUGUAAUCAAAGUUCCCGCUGCUUUCUUUUGAAGAGCAAAGGGGAUCCCAUUAAUACCGAUCCUGUGUUAUUAUACCUAUAAACACACUAAUAAAGUAAGUGCACCCAUUCAAAUGUAUGUAGUAGGUAUGUCACACAUGCAGACAAGCAUAAACGGAAACUAUUCAAGUGUUGCUCUGUAAAGCAUCAUCUAAUGAAUUACAUUAUUUAAAUAACUCUUUUUUUUUU